UUAUCUUUUAGUUUCGAAGCUCAUUCAACAUUUCACUAGCCGGCCCUAAUCCGCCUCUGCAUGUCUCCCUCUCCUCGGGCUCAGAUCUCGCAACCCCACCAGCCUCCGAUCUCGUGCCGCUGGCAACACCAACGCUCGUGAUACACGCGCACAGAUCACUCGCUCACGCUGCUGUACCUAUUGCCUGUGGUCGCCCCCUCCGAUCUCAACCCUCGCACCUCCAGUAGCCUCCGACAUCGCACUUCAGGCGACAGUCACAAUCGUGCUUUGCGUUCACUGGUGGUAGCUCUUAGUCGGUCAAACUGCUCAACGUCGAGAACUUCUCCAGAGCAGCAAUCGCAAAGCCAAGAUUGCCAUAACACUAGCAGCAACCUAGCACUAGAAUCCCUAAUACGGCAUUUAGAAUACUAUGACGCGUAAACAUAAUAUCUCCGGACAGUCAAUCCUCGAAGAGUUACGAAGACAAAGUGAAGACAUAAACUUGAGUUCGGAAGAUGGGUUGGAACAAAUUAGGCUCAAUGAUGAUGGGGAUGAAAUUUCAGAGACGGAGAUGUUAAAUCAAAGUGGUGGUGAUCUACCGGAACGUGCUGCACCUAAGAAUAAAAGAGAUGAAAAUGAGCCACUGCUUGUGAAAGUUAAAGACAUCUCUAGUGGAGAAAUUAUCACUCGCAAGAUGACAGCGAUUCAGGUUUGGGCCUUGAAAAAGAGUGAAAAAGUUAUGAUGGAGUUGGAUGCAGAUGGACAAGGUCGAGAUAACGGCUCGAACCUGUUUGUGAGAUUUCUUGGUCAGGUAGCUCGUCGAAUUAUAUUUUGUCCCAUAUCAAUCAAAAGAUGGGAUAAGAUGCCAGAAGAUAACACAAAAAGACAAUGGGAACUUAUUGAAGAAAAUUUUGAGUUUGAUUAUGCUGCUGGCGUCAAAUGGGCUCUGAGGACCUUAGGUGAUAGAUGGAAGGCCCAUAAGUAUAAUUUACGAGGAGAAUACUUCUUUCCUAACAAAAGAAAGGCAGAAAUUCUGGCUGUGAAUCCCUCAGACAUACUGCCUGUUGAAUGGACUGCUUUUGUGGAUCAUUAUAUGGAUCUUAAAAUAAAGGUAAAUAAUUAA